AUCCCUUAGACUGUCAGGAUGGUGUCUUGGAUGAUCUGUCGCCUGGUGGUGCUAAUAUUUGGCAUGCUAUAUCCUGCAUAUGCUUCCUACAAGGCUGUGAAGAGCAAGAACAUCCGAGAAUAUGUCCGGUGGAUGAUGUAUUGGAUUGUCUUUGCAAUCUUCAUGGCAGCGGAAACCUUCACAGACAUCUUCAUUUCCUGGUUCCCGUUUUAUUAUGAGAUCAAGAUGGCCUUCGUGCUGUGGCUGCUGUCACCUUACACCAAGGGGGCCAGCCUGCUUUACAGAAAGUUUGUCCACCCGUCCCUAUCCCGCCACGAGAAGGAGAUCGACGCAUGCAUUGUGCAGGCAAAGGAGCGCAGCUACGAAACCAUGCUCAGUUUCGGGAAGCGGAGCCUCAACAUGGCUGCCUCUGCCGCUGUGCAGGCUGCUACCAAGAGUCAAGGUGCCCUAGCUGGAAGGCUGAGGAGCUUCUCUAUGCAAGAUCUGCGCUCUAUCCCUGACACCUCUGCCCCCACCUACCAAGAUCCCCUCUACCUGGAAGACCAGGCCCCCCGGCGGAGACCCCCUAUCGGAUACCGGCCAGGCGGCCUGCAAGACAGUGACACAGAGGACGAGUGUUGGUCAGACAAUGAGAUAGCCCCCCAGCCACCUGUUCGGCCCCGAGAGAAGCCUCUGAGUCGCAGCCAGAGCCUCCGUGUGGUCAAGAGAAAGCCAUUAGUUCGAGAGGGCACCUCACGCUCCUUGAAGGUCCGAACCCGGAAAAAGACCAUUCCCUCUGACCUGGACAGCUAGAAUCUGCAGAUGCAGGCCACCUUACCUCUGGAGCCAGCAGGGGACCUUUCUCUGCUCCUUCUGGCUUCUGCCUAAGGCUGUGCCUAAGGGGCACAUGGUGUGCUACCCUCCAGGGGCUACACCCACAGUAUACCAAAGCAGGCCAGGCCCAGGGUUAUUUAUUGCCUUCCUCUGCCUUUUACUUUCCCAGACAGGGAACCAGAGCCCCACCAGUCCCUAAAGACAAAACCAAAAGUCCAACCAGCUGUGUUCAUUCCUUCUUGUCCUCCAAAAUACUUGACAGCCUUUUCCAAGGCCUGGUGUGUGUCCAUGUGUGUGUGUGCGCAGGUGUGUCCUAGCUGAGUGUUUUGUGUUGGUGAGUGAGGUCAGGCUUGUGAAUAUUUUUAUAAAUAAAUACCAGUGUUUGGCCUCUCC